AGCGAGGCCAGUCUAGACGUCGAUCGGUUCGGUCGGUUAACAAAUAGAGGCGAUGGGGCAAGUUCCUCCAAUUCCAAAAAGGAGGAAGCAAAGCUGCCAAGGCCACCACGUCGCUGUGCGCUCUCUCAUCUCGCACCGUUCCUGCUCGUCAUUGCGGAUAGAAGACGGUCAGGCUCGGGAACCCUAAUCUCGCCCUCGAUCCACCUUCACCUCCUCCUCCGAUCGCCUCCCCCCCCUGCUUGGAAUCGUGCUAAAACGGUAUCAUCUUUGGUUCAUAGGAAGAGAGAAAAGAAGGUUCCUUUUGAUCCCGGACCGCCUCAUUGGUCCCCUUUUCGAGCCAAAGGUCGGAGCUCUGUGCGCCAAAUUUCCUUAAUCGCUAAGAUUUUUUUGCAUUGCCUUUUUUCUCUCUGAGGUUUGCUUGGUUAGAUUUGUGGAGGAAUGGUGUGGUUUCGGGUGUGGGUUUUGUUUCUUCUAUGGGGAUCAUGUUUGGGGAGGUUCGUGGUGGAGAAGAACAGCUUGAAGGUGACUUCGCCUGAUUCGUUGAAGGGAAUCUACGAGUGUGCUAUCGGAAACUUUGGCGUUCCUCAGUAUGGCGGGACGAUGGUGGGGAUCGUGGCGUAUCCGAACGCCAACCGGAAGGGCUGCCAGAGCUUCGAAAAUUUCGACAUCUCUUAUAAAUCGAAACCUGGCGGAUUCCCCACCUUUCUCCUAGUUGACAGAGGAGAUUGUUACUUCACUGCAAAAGCAUGGUACGCGCAGAAUGCUGGAGCUGGGGCUGUCCUUGUGGCUGAUGACAAGUUAGAACCUCUGAUAACGAUGGACACACCAGAGGAGGAAGACAGCAGGGCAGACUACCUACAGAACAUCACAAUUCCGUCAGCCCUUAUCACCAAAAGCCUUGGAGAUAGCUUAAAGAAGGCACUUCGAAAUGGUGAUAUGGUCAACGUCAAUUUAGAUUGGAGGGAGUCUCUACCCCAUCCUGAUGACCGCGUGGAAUAUGAAUUCUGGACAAACAGCAACGAUGAGUGUGGUGCUAAAUGUGACAGUCAAAUAGAGUUUGUUAAGAACUUCAAAGGAGCAGCACAGAUAUUAGAGAAAAAGGGUUAUACCCAGUUCACGCCCCACUACAUUACAUGGUACUGUCCUGAAGCUUUUCUUUUGAGCAAGCAGUGCAAGUCUCAGUGCAUCAACCAUGGCCGAUAUUGUGCACCGGAUCCUGAACAGGACUUCAGCAAAGGGUAUGAUGGGAAAGAUGUUGUAAUCCAAAACUUGCGUCAAGUUUGCUUGCAUAAGGUUGCUAAUGAAAGUGGGAAGCCGUGGGUGUGGUGGGAUUAUGUGACUGACUUUGCGAUCCGUUGUCCUAUGAAGGAAAAGAAGUAUACGACAGAUUGUGCUGAAACAGUAAUCAAAUCACUUGGCAUUGAUCUGAAGAAGAUAAAUGAAUGCAUGGGUGAUCCUGAUGCAGAUGAAGAUAAUCCAGUGCUUAAAGCUGAACAAGAUGCACAGAUUGGAAAGGACUCCCGUGGGGAUGUCACUAUUUUGCCAACUCUUGUUAUCAACAAUAGGCAAUACCGGGGCAAACUGGACAAGGCUGCAGUGCUCAAAGCAAUCUGUGCUGGCUUCCAAGAGGCUACUGAGCCAGCUGUUUGUUUGAGUGAAGAGAUAGAAACAAAUGAAUGUCUGGACAAUCAUGGUGGCUGUUGGAAGGAUGAGGCUUCUAAUAUCACUGCAUGCAGGGAUACUUUUCGUGGUAGAAUUUGUGAAUGCCCUGUUGUGAAAGGUGUGAAGUUUGUGGGCGAUGGUUACACCCAUUGUGAAGCUUCAGGGUCAGGAAGGUGUGAGAUCAACAAUGGUGGAUGCUGGAAUAAAACACAGGAUGGAAAGACAUAUUCUGCUUGUGUGGAUGAGGGAUGCAAAUGCCCACCAGGCUUCAAGGGUGAUGGAGUUAACUGUCAAGAUGUUGAUGAAUGCAAGGAAAGGCUAGCCUGUCAAUGCUCUGGCUGCAAAUGCAAGAACACCUGGGGAAGCUACGAGUGCAGCUGCAGUGAUGACUCAUUAUUAUACAUAAAGGAGCACGACACAUGCAUAAGUAAAAGAGCUUCUACAGAAGUUGGUUGGAGCUUUUUGUGGGUUAUCUUCUUUGGCCUAGUGCUAGCUGGAGUUGGAGCCUAUGCUGUAUACAAGUACAGAAUCAGGAGCUACAUGGACUCGGAGAUUCGCGCUAUCAUGGCACAGUACAUGCCGCUUGACAACCAAGAAGCACAAAAUCACAUCCAACAUGCUGAAAUCUGAGCCAUUUCUCAUCACGUAUCUCGAUGGUGCAGAAUUCUGUAAUACGCAAUCUUGGCGAUCCUUCUACUGGGACUUGUUAAACCUUUGUUGUAGAUCCGAAGCUUAUUUGCCUCCAUUGGAAUUGUAAACUUAAAAGAGUUGAAUAAUGUGGAUCGCUAUUAAGCUUGCAAAUCCAACAAGAAAGCUUUUGCAGAAGUAAACUACAUGUACCAAAACUUGAGAUAGCUAAUUGGGUCAAAUAAGCUAAGCUUGUUAGAUC